AUGGAAAGAUUCCAGUCGUCCAUGCGCAAACGGUUGUACAGCCUGCCGCAAAACAUUGGGCAAAAAGCCUUCGCGGUGGACGAAGGAGACAACGAAGACAAGGACACUAUGAGAAAAAGUAUUCGGCUAAAACAUUUGUCCUCUCCUUCUCCUGCGUCCAGUCUCAAGAGUGUCGAGGAGGCCAGGAGCGAGGACUUGGAGAAGAACGUUACCGUGAAGACUAACUUGAACGGGGACUGUCGCUUAUUUCGGGGCAGCAUCUCUUCCAUCACCGGGCGGCAUCCUGCAGGGUCAGAUCCGGCGGAGCAGCAGCGCCUCAUCCCCGAGGCGGGCGUCAGAGAGAGUUACCCCGGUGAGAACAGCCCCGGGGCCCAGCAGCGGGCAGCGGGGGGUCUGAGUGGCGCAGCCGGCCACGGCUCUGUGUUUGACCAGUCAAGUUUUAUUAAGUUGGAAGGCACCGAGCAAAUCGCACCCGAGGACGAACGGCUGUACCAAGCCGGCUUCAUGCACCGGCAGUUUGGGGCGAUGCUCCAACCGGGUGUCAACAAGUUCUCCCUGCGGAUGUUGGGGAGUGAGAGGGCCGUGGAGCAUGAGAGGGAGCGGGUGAAGUCUGCCGGCUUCUGGAUAAUCCACCCGUACAGUGAUUUUAGGUUCUACUGGGAUCUGACUAUGUUGCUGCUGAUGGUGGGGAACCUCAUCAUCAUCCCUGUGGGCAUCACCUUCUUCAAGGACGAGCACACGCCGCCCUGGAUCGUCUUUAACGUGGUCUCGGACACCUUCUUCCUCAUGGACCUGGUCCUCAACUUCCGCACGGGCAUCGUCAGGGAGGACAACACGGAGAUCAUCCUCGACCCGCAUAAGAUUAAGAUCAAAUACCUGAAGACCUGGUUUGUGGUGGAUUUCAUCUCGUCCAUACCCGUGGACUACAUCUUUCUCAUUGUUGAGACACGCAUCAACUCGGACUUUUACAAGACGGCCCGAGCCCUGAGGAUCGUACGCUUCACCAAGAUCCUUAGUCUGCUGCGGCUCCUGCGCCUCUCCAGGCUCAUCCGCUACAUCCACCAGUGGGAAGAGGUUUUCCAUAUGACCUAUGACCUGGCCAGCGCCAUGGUGCGCAUCAUGAACCUGAUUGGUAUGAUGCUGCUGCUGUGCCACUGGGACGGCUGCCUGCAGUUCCUGGUACCCAUGCUGCAGGACUUCCCUUCUGACUGCUGGGUCACUAGAAACAAGAUGGUGAACGACACCUGGGGUCAGCAAUACUCCUACGCCCUGUUCAAGGCCAUGAGUCACAUGCUGUGCAUCGGGUACGGCCUGUACCCCCCCAUCGGCAUGGCCGACGUGUGGCUCACCAUCCUCAGCAUGAUUGUGGGCGCUACCUGCUUUGCCAUGUUUGUGGGGCACGCGACCGCCCUCAUUCAGUCUCUGGACUCCUCCAGGAGGCAGUACCAAGAAAAGUAUAAGCAGGUGGAGCAGUACAUGUCCUUCCACAAGCUCCCUGCCGACAUGCGGCAGAGGAUCCACGAGUACUACGAACAUCGCUAUCAGGGAAAGAUGUUCGACGAGGAAAGUAUUCUGGAGGAGCUGAAUGAGCCGCUGCGAGAGGAGAUCAUCAACUUUAACUGUCGCAAACUAGUGGCCUCCAUGCCUCUUUUUGCCAACGCCGAUCCCAACUUCGUCACCUCCAUGCUGACCAAACUGCACUUUGAGGUCUUCCAGCCGGCUGACUACAUCAUCAGAGAGGGAACCAUCGGCAAGAACAUGUACUUCAUCCAGCACGGUGUCGUCAGUGUCCUGACCAAGAACAGCAAUGACACCAAGCUGUCCGAUGGCUCUUAUUUUGGAGAGAUCUGCCUGCUCACCAGAGGCAGGAGGACAGCGAGUGUGCGAGCAGAAAACUACUGCCGGCUCUACUCUCUGUCGGUGGACAACUUCAAUGAGGUGCUGGAGGAGUAUCCCAUGAUGAGGAGGGCCUUUGAGACCGUGGCUCUGGACCGCCUGGACCGCAUCGGGAAGAGGAGCUCUGUUCUGCAGAAUAAAGUCCAGCAUCACCAAAGUUCUGGCACUUUAAACUUCCAAGAGACCGAGAUCAUCCAAAGAAUAGUGCAACAUGACCGCGACAUGGCCCAAUGCACGCAGCUGAUCCAGACCAGCCCCCAGAGUCUUCACCCUGUCCCCGCUCCCCCAUCACCCACCCCGGUCAUCUGGGCCCCGCUAAUUCAAGCCCCACUUCAGGCCGCCACCACCCCGCUGGCUCUGGCUUUAGCCCACCCCUCCCAGCUGCCCCCCAUCCUCUUCCACCAUCCCCUGGCGCCGGGCUCCAUGAAGGACCCCACGGGUUAUCCAAAGAAAGUUCAUAUUGGAGCGAAUAUGUCCAGUAGCUGUGGUUCAGGCCCCGGUUCUCCUGUCACUUUCAACAAAAUCCGAUCGGGGAUUGAGAUUCCCACCCCGGCGUCUCUCAGGGCACAGCAUCUGGUAGCAGGGCCCGUGUCACCCACACUGUCGUCCCAGCCCAUCUUCACCAGCAGCAUGCAGCCUCUACCCUCACACCAUCUCCCACACUACCCUCCCUACUCUGGUAUUGCCUCUGUCUUCCCCAUCGGCCAGACCACUGUCUCCUACACCUGCUCUGCUCAGCUCCACUCGCAGCCCUUCCACGGUGCCAUGACCGCCCCGCCACACCCAAUAGGUCUACUCCAGCAGGGGGCGCCAGGUAGAUUGCCAGUGAGAUUCCCAGCCCCCUCUGCCUCCAGUAUACACCCUCUCAUCUCCAGCUCAGUAGGCCCCAUACUAAACCAGCUGCCUCAGCCCUCUUAUGCCCCCAUGCAACAGAUAGGGUACAGUCACGACCGAGCCGGUGGUCUGAACCUCGCACAUUUUCCUUUCAUCACCAGCGCUCAGUCCUCCACUGGAUUUAUUCCCCCGGGAUCUGCAGUUGUAUCAGGUGCCGCAGCCUACCUGGCGCAGCAAAGCCUCGCAGGUAUCCAGUCGGUUUUGCUCCCCCGGGUUCUCGCCGAGCACUCGGCCCUCGCCUCGCUGGCCCAGUACGGCUCCGCCGAGGCUUCGCCCUGCUACACGCCUCCCGUCCAUAGUCCUUGCAUGCAGAGCCCUGUGAGGGCAAAGACAGUUUACCACAGCGAGCUCCCCAGCGCUGUUGGCUCUUGCAGCCCUCUAAUCCUCCAGACCUCGUGCCCCGCCAGGGUGGCCUGUAUGCUCAAAGAGAGGGCCGGGUCCACGGGGAUCUUUCUACCCAGGAAAUAAGACGGUCUCUGGCCCUCACAACUCCCUAGAAAGAGUCACAUGGGGGACCAGCCCCUUCUCCCCGGCCCGUGGCUGUCAGCGACCCCUACGGGCAAAUCCUCGGUCAAGUUGCCGUCAGUCGGACGCAUUCGGGGCCUGAACCUCAGAACCAGUCGGUUGGUGUUUCCUCCUCCCUGGCUAGAUCCCCCGCUAAGAUCUUAGAGACCGAACACAAGGCGUCCAAACUCCCAUCCAACUUGUGAGAUCCAGACACACCCUUCUUUAAUACCUGAACUAAAGGAAGGUCAUCUCCUUACUGGCGUUGUUUUAACCACUACAUUUUUAAGUAGGAGGGUGUGUUAUUCUAUCCAGACUGAGAUCGGUGGUUUCAUUUUAAAUCAGACACAGAUCGAGGGUAAUCAUGGACAAUGAUGGAUAUUUUUUCUACAGGAUAUUGCAUCUUUGAAUAUAGUAAUACAAUCCAAAAACCUAUUGAUGGGUAUAUAUAGCACCUCAUAAAAUAUAAAUUGUUCUGUGUAUUGUAUUAUAGCCAAACUCUGUUAAGUAUUUUGUUUGAACCCCAUUAUUCAGCCAACGUUGUGUAACCUUUUUAGCUACACCCAUUUAGUUUGAAAAUGUGUCCACAGCUGUAUCCAGUUAUGACUGACGCCAAAAAUGAUUGUCCUUAUUUAUGUCCUUACCCACCAGCGAGCGUGUCGUGUGAAGACAAAGUCACUAAGAGAUUAGCGGAGAGACGGUGCACUUUGCUUGUUUCAGAGAUCGCCCAAGGUAAUGGUUUGAUGACGCCAUGUCUUCCGAGAUAGCUUUGCAACAAUAUUGCACGCCCAAAUGGGUCACACAAAUCAGAUCACGCUCAAAAAAACUGAAGUAAUGAAUGUAAUGUAAUGUUGGUCUGUCUGAGCGAGAAUUGGCAUUUAUUUCUGAAUGCGUUGAACUCCAGGGCGUUUAUGGUUUUCUGUGGAGAAUUGGAGGGGGCAGCCAGUUUAAGAGACAACACAUAUUUCCAAAGCCACUCUAAAACGCACAACUGAUGCCAACUAAUUUCAGUCUGACACUAACUUUGGUACAGAUCAUUUGACUGUGUACCAUCACCAUAGUAUGCAAUAAUCUGUGUAUUUUUAUUGGUUUAAAAACAUACUGUGAAUAGAAGCACUUGAGUGUUUUUAGUGAGAACAGAUUAAAAACUGCGGAAUUCAAGGGAAUAAAAGCAAUUGUGGAUAAUCAAACAUCCUGAAACCAGCAAUGCACUGAUCUGACUGAUCUGAAUGUUUCUUGCAAGUCAAAGGGCUAAACGCGAACACUUGGACAUGGUUACUGAGAAGCCCUGAUGGGUCGCAUAUUGCUGCAUAUUUACCUCUUUCAUUUAACAUCGUUUUGACUGUAAAUUGACAUCUAACAAUUGCUGCUUUGUGAUGCUAUCCUGAAUCAAUAAGAAGUGUACCACAGACUGCUUUUUAAAUCCUUCUCCUGGUUAAUAAGUUCAUGUUUAGACGAUACCUUUCUCUCUCUGUGUGGACCUGUUGCCGGUGAGGAGCUGCGAGCAGGUCAAACCAUCCGAGGAUCCCGUCCAGUGGCUUUGUCUGCCCGGUUAUUGAACCUGAGUUAUAUGCCGUCACUCUCGACCCCCUCCCCCCAAACCCUCCCCCACCCCUCCCUCGAGGGAAGAGAGAUACUAUCAGUCACUGCCAAUGGGCUGGAUCAAUUCCUCAUCGCUAUUCUCCUCCAACCCCGCACCACCGCACAACCUGCCAGGGGCUCGGGGUUGAGCGCGAGUGUUAGUUUGAUUCUAUUCAAUUUGUGCAGCAGAAGAGGUGUCAGUCGCUCAUCUAUUACUAUCUUAUUUCUCAUUUUGCUGCCUUUCAACCAACAAAUCUGAGGAACCCACCAACUGUGUAUGUUAGGCAUAUUUUAUUUUAGCUACUGAAUCCAGUGCAAUAAAAUAUCAUGGUCAAUGA